UGCUACUGUUGCUGCUGUUACUACUAUUGCUGUUAUUGCUGCUGCAGCCUUUCCAACUAUGGUAUAUAAGGGAGCCUCGUUCGUGCAGUCGCGUGCAUUCGACGGUGCAGACGGAGCGCGAGGAGCACGAGGAGCGACGACCCCCUCUGUCUUGGCUCACCUAGAAUCGCAAAUGACAUGGGAAGACGAGGCCCUUAAGCUUGAUAUAAUCAACAUGAGUCCCCGACCCGGUCUCGAUGCCGUACCCGCGGCUCCUGAAGGAAACGUCUCCUGGAUCACCUGUGCUCUGGCUCUGAAUCUCCUUCUGCUGCUUGGAUUCUGUCUCGUCAAGCGCAUCAAAUUUCUCUACAAGCUCCGGCAUAUUCCCUCACCCAAGGCGCUACCCGUCUUCGGCAACGCCAUACAGCUCAACUGCAGCAACGAAGCUUUCUUCGGCAAGCUGCUGCGUUGGAACCGGGAGCUGGGCGACAUCUACCUCCUCUGGGUCGGCAGCCGGCCCUUCGUAUUUCUCACCAAGGUCGAGGAUGUGCAACCGCUGCUCAGCAGCAGUCAGCAUAUCGACAAGAGCCUUGAAUACCAGUAUCUUCGACCUUGGCUCGGCAAUGGACUCAUCAUUAGCGCUGGAGAAAAAUGGCACGCGAGAAGGAAAUUGCUAACACCGAUUUUUCAUAGCGAAUUGUUAAAAAAUUAUUUUCAAGUAUCGUGGAAGAAAGCUAAUAUCCUCGUCUCCUGUUUGCGCACGGAAAUCGGCAAUCCAGAAUUCGACAUCAUUCCGUAUGCCAAACGCGCUGCUCUUGACGUCAUAUGUGAGUCCGCGAUGGGGUACCACAUUAAUGCCCAAACAAAUUAUCGAAAUGAUUACGUGCUGGCUGUUCAAAGCUUAACUGCAAUCGCACAGAUGAGGUUCGUCAAUAUUUGGAUAUCGUACGAUUCCAUCUUCAAACGAACGGCCCUUGGCAAGCAACAAGAGAGUGCACUCAAGAUUGUUCACGACUUUGUCGAUAAGGUGAUCGCAGUACGUAAGCUCGAGCUGACAGCAGAGCGCAACGCGAACCUUAACGAAAUCUCGCGUAAGUCGAAUACACUUUUGGAUCUUCUUCUUGAGAUGUCAUAUAACGGCGAGCGACUGUCGGACGAUGACAUCCGCGAGGAAGUAAAUACCUUCAUGUUCGCGGGUCAUGACACCGUUGGCAUGACCAUCUCUUGGAUACUUUAUGCCCUUGGUAGAAAUCCACAUUAUCAAGAUAAGAUUUUGGAAGAGUGCGACGAGGUGCUCGGUCAGAACAAGGUCACCUACGAAUCCCUUCAAAAGCUCGUUUGGCUCGACGCGUGUAUCAAAGAAACCUGGCGGCUCUAUCCGAUAACGCCUCUACUCGCCCGGCAAAUAUACAAUUCCAUCACUCUACGAGGGAACGAGAUCCCGAACGGUACUACGGUACUGGUGAACUCGUACCUACUACACCGCGAUGUCCGCUACUUCCCAGAGCCAAAUGUCUAUCGGCCCGAGCGCUUCCUCCCGGAUGCACCGAAGCGACCAAGCUUCACGUUUAUUCCCUUUAGCGCAGGCUCGCGAAACUGCAUAGGCUCUAAAUUUGCGACCAUGGAGGUAAAGAUGAUGCUGCUUUCGCUGUUGCGUGCCUAUAGGUUCUGCGCAAUCGAUCACGAGAAUCAAUUGCGCUUCGUUCCAAAACUCGUCCUCGACAACGUCGGCGGCAUUCGACUCAGUAUUACUCCACGACAAGUCUCGAAAGUCGGUCUCAUGUAAUCAUCACCCCCUCUCCGUUCCU